CGCAAAUAAGGCUCAGCGGCGGCAGCAGCAUCAGCGCCAGUGGCGGCAGCAGCGUCAACGCAUCUGCGCGUCUCCGAACUGCCUCGUCUCGGGCCAAUCAAUCCCUCAGCCCCGUUACCGAUUGAGAUUUAACAGCGGCUUUGGAUCUUAACGAGCCUUCUCCGUUCUCGUCGACAGCUCGGCGUCAACCCCCCGCUCGCCCGACUACCGGUUCCGUUCACAUCUAGCCAGUUUCUUGAAUUUUUAAUGGAAAAUGGCGAUGUUUGCUCAGUCCCCCGGUCUGUUUUGCCUCCUCUCCGUUCAAACCGCGCUGCUCCUCAGCCUCUCUUCACCGGGAACGGCGACGCUCCUCUUUCCUCAGCACUACACGAUGAUGCACUGGGCAGGUCGCAUUGAGAAGGAACUGGAGAAGGUGCUGCAGCUUGUCACCGGAGUUCAGCAAAUGAAAGGAAUUUAUAUCGACAAGAGAAAUCAUUUCGGUGUGGAGCGAAAUACCCCCAAGCAGCUGGUGGAGAAGGUGGCAGGAGACAUCGCCAAACUGCUCAACAGGAAACGCAAAGCUCUGGAGAGAUUGGCUAGAGAAGCUGAAGACAUCCAGCGUGAGCACUCGUGGCAAGAUGCAAUCAAAGAAAAUGACAUCCAGUACUAUGACUCCAAAGCCGAAUCGGAGGGACAGGAGGAUGACGAUGGAGGAAACCUCUUGGAAAACCCGAACUCUCUUUCUUUGGAGUUUGUGAGGGAUCCCAACUUCAAUAACAAAGUCAACUACUCAUACACAGCCGUACAGAUUCCCACUGACAUCUACAAAGGCUCUCCCACCAUCCUGAACGAGCUGAACUGGACUCAGUCUCUGGAGAGGGUCUUCAUUGAAAACAGUCGCGAGGAUCCUUCUCUGCGCUGGCAGGUGUUCGGCAGCGCCACCGGAGUCACCAGAUACUACCCAGCCACAAAGUGGAGAGCGCCCAACAAGAUUGACCUGUAUGAUGUGAGGAGACGCCCGUGGUACAUUCAAGGAGCGUCUUCUCCAAAGGACAUGGUCAUCAUCGUGGACGUGAGCGGGAGUGUCAGCGGACUGACCCUGAAGCUGAUGAAAACCUCCGUCAUCGAGAUGCUGGACACACUUUCUGAUGACGACUAUGUAAAUGUGGCUCGGUUCAAUGAGAAAGCGUACGCCGUGGUGCCCUGCUUCACAACGCUGGUCCAAGCCAACAUAAAAAACAAGAAGAUCUUCAAAGAGGCUGUGAUGAACAUGCAAGCCAAGGGGACGACGGACUACAAGACGGGCUUUCAGUUUGCCUUUGACCAGCUGUUAAACGAGACCAGCGCUCCGAGAGCAAACUGCAAUAAGAUGAUAAUGAUGUUCACAGACGGCGGCGAGGAUCGCGCGCAGGACAUCUUUGAAAAAUACAACUGGCCGAACAAAACAGUGAGAGUUUUCACAUUCUCAGUGGGGCAGCACAACUAUGACGUCACUCCUCUGCAGUGGAUCGCCUGUGCCAACAAGGGUUACUACUUUGAGAUCCCUUCCAUCGGAGCCAUAAGAAUCAACACGCAGGAGUAUUUGGAUGUUCUCGGACGGCCAAUGGUGCUGGCGGGGGAACGGGCGAAACAAGUGCAGUGGACCAAUGUUUACCAGGAUGCUCUGGGUUUGGGUCUCGUCAUUACCGGCACGAUGCCAGUCUUCAAUCUCACCACUGACGGAGACUCCAAAAAUCAGUUGAUUCUUGGUGUCAUGGGUGUAGACAUCGCCCUCAAUGAAAUUAAAGAACUCACACCAAGAUAUAAGCUUGGAGCCAACGGUUACACGUUUGCCAUAGAUCCCAAUGGCUACGUGCUGCUGCACCCCAACCUACAGCCUAAGAUCUUUAACUUCAGAGAGCCGGUCACAUUGGACUUCUUGGAUGCUGAACUUCCCGAUCGCAACAAGGAGGAGAUCCGCCGUCAAAUGAUUGAUGGCAGAGGGGGACAGAGGAGAAUCAGGACGCUGGUGAAGUCUGUGGAUGAGCGUUACAUUGACGAGGUCCAGAGGACGUACAUAUGGAGUCCAGUGGAGGGCACAGAUUACAGUCUCGGUUUAGUUCUGCCGUCCUACAGCGAAAACCACAUCAAGGCCAACCUGAGCGACCAGAUCCUCCAGGUCCAGUACGGAUCAGUCUUCAAGGAUUUUGAGUCUCUCCUGCCAAACACUUUUGAGUCAGAGGGACAUGUGUUCAUUGCCCCCAGGGAAUACUGCAAAGACCUGGAGUUGUCUAACAACAACACAGAGUUCCUGCUCAACUUCAUCGCUCUGAUGGAGAAGGUCACGCCGGACUCCAAACAAUGUGACAAUUUCUUGCUGCAUAAUCUAAUCUUGGACACGGGCAUCAUUAAAGAGCUGGUGGAUAAAGUCUGGAAGAACAAGGACCUCAACACGUAUGGCUUUAUGGCGGUCUUUGCAGCCACAGACGGAGGCGUCACUCGAGUUUUCCCUAAUAAGGCCUCGGAGACCUGGGAUGAAAAUCCAGAGCCAUUUAAUGCUAGUUAUUACCGCCGCAGUCUGGACAACAAGGGCUACAUGUUCAGAGCCCCCUACCGCACCGCCAAUGAUGAAUCCAUACAGAAUCCAGAGAACGACACCAUCGGCAUUCUGGUCAGCACCGCAGUGGACGUGACUGUAGGAAACAAAAACCUGAAACCUGCAGUUUUGGGUGUGAAGCUUGAUCUUGAGGCUUGGACUGACAAAUUCAAGAUUCUGGCAAGCAACCACACUAACAGCAACCGGCAGAGCUCUCAAACGUGUGGACCCACCAGUGGCUGUGAAAUGGACUGUGAAGCCAACAGUGAUGACUUGCUUUGUUAUCUGAUAGAUGACGGCGGCUUCCUUGUCAUGUCCAAUCAGAAAGACUACUUGAAUAAGAUUGGGAUGUUCUUCGGCGAGGUCGAUGCCACUCUCUUUUACGCCCUCUAUAACAACUCCUUCUACAAACGCAAGCAGUCUUACGAUUAUCAGUCGGUGUGUGACCCGGUGCCCAGCAGUAACACAGGGGCCGCCCCGCGAGGAGUGUUUGUGCCUACUAUUGCCGAUGUGUUAAACGUUGCCUGGUGGACGUCAGCAGCUGCCUGGUCACUGCUGCAGCAGAUGCUGUAUGGGUUCGCCUAUCAGAGCUGGUUCAUGACAGAUGAGGUGGAUGCUGAAGGACUGGAGUCUAGGGAGACCAGCUGUGUGACGGUACAGACCCAGUUUUACUUCAGUAACGUCAGCAGCUCCUACAACAUACUGCAGGACUGUGACAACUGCUCCAGGUUAAUUCAUGCUAAGAGAAUAAACAACACCAACCUGCUGUUUGUGGUGGCUGAAAAACUGUCCUGCGACUCCUGUGAAAUAGAGAAACUGUCUCAGGUGGAGACAGAAUAUAAAGAAACGAAUACAUGCGAGACGAUAGCCACAGCCCGGUAUAGAAAAGGAACCACAACCUGUUUCGACUACAGUGUUUUAGAGAACACAUCAGACUGUGGGCGGGGUCACUCGUUCCGCCCCUCCCUCCUUACUUUACUCCUCCUCCAGCUCCUCCUCCUUUGUGUUCUGGCCCACCCCUCUGUUUAACUCCAUCCUCCGGUCCUCUUCUCCCUCCUUCUCGUCUCCUUAAUUCCGCAUUUCUCCUUUAUCUCCCCGUUGCUCUAGUCAUAGGUAAUAUAAAGGGACUUCCUCCUGCCCUUAUAUGGAAGCCCAGUCGUACUGCUUCAUCCACUUAGCUUCACAGGUUGUUGCUUAGUGACCGUUGCAGAACUUUGUCGUCUCCUGCCAAUCGAGAGCAUUUGUGGGAGGAGCUUAAAGUGUCUUUACGAAAACAGGAAGCUAGAGAUGUGAACACCGACGGCCAACGAAGAAAUGGCGGAAAAUGACACGGACUGUUCCCUCCUGCCCUUGCGGCCGUAAGGGGGUCGGGUUUCGUUUGACUCCACCUCUAAAGGGGAAAGGUCAUGCUCAUCAUCCUCAUCUUCAUCCUGUAAUCUGUGUCGCAAGGCUACAGGACAUUCUGAUGCCGUCUAGCUUCUGGUAAUAAGAAAAUAACCGAAUAAGAGCAGAACUUUAAGCGAUUCUCAAAAAAAUAUCAGUAACAACAUGCGAGUAUUAAAAACAUACCUCCGUAUAUUAGGGUAUUUAAUGAGAAAGGGAAGACGAUAGAUGAUAUUUAUUCAAUUAUCUUUUGUUUAUUUAUGCACUAUAUCUACUUCUUGCCAAAAUGAGACUUGUUGUGUGGUCUGAUUUUUCUAGCCAAAUUAGGAGGUAUAAAAACCACAAAAAGAAAGUAGAGAAAUUAAAGAGGUAUCGCACCAUUCCUCCAUCAGUCACAAGGGCUUCAUAGAGUUAUUAUUUCUAUUUAUAUCACAACCCUGAUCCCAUUAGGUUAGGCUUUUUUAUUUGUCUUUAUUAUUUUUAUCACAAGGUAAACUAUAUUAAUGCCUCAGUAAUAUAAUACUUGCAGCUAUUAUGUAAUAGCGUGUGUUAAUUUUUAAAGGACUAGUU